GCAGGAAAUUGAAGUUGAAAAUGAAGGAGCGGCGAGCGAACAGGAAGAAGAAAAGGAAGCUAGCUGCAGUUUAGCUGCUUUUAGCGUUUCGGUAAUGGCGCCUUUAGACCUCGAUAAGUACGUAGAAAUAGCGAGACAGUGCAAAUAUCUGCCUGAAAAUGAUCUAAAGAGAUUAUGUGAUUAUGUUUGUGAUUUGCUGCUUGAAGAAUCAAAUGUUCAGCCAGUCGCUACUCCGGUUACAGUUUGUGGAGACAUUCAUGGUCAGUUUUAUGAUCUAUGCGAGCUCUUCAGAACUGGAGGCCAAGUACCAGACACAAAUUACAUUUUCAUGGGAGAUUUUGUAGACAGAGGAUAUUAUAGCUUGGAGACUUUUACACACCUGCUAGCUUUAAAAGCCAAGUGGCCAGAUCGUAUCACACUCCUUCGAGGGAACCAUGAGAGCAGACAGAUAACUCAAGUGUAUGGAUUUUAUGAUGAGUGUCAGACAAAGUAUGGAAAUGCAAAUGCCUGGCGGUAUUGCACGAAAGUGUUUGAUAUGCUGACUGUGGCAGCUUUGAUAGAUGAGCAGAUCCUGUGUGUCCAUGGUGGUCUCUCACCGGACAUCAAGACUUUGGACCAGAUCCGAACCAUCGAACGCAACCAGGAGAUUCCUCACAAGGGGGCUUUUUGUGAUCUUGUGUGGUCAGAUCCAGAGGAUGUGGACACCUGGGCUAUCAGUCCACGAGGUGCUGGCUGGCUUUUUGGCUCCAAGGUUACCAAUGAGUUUGUUCAUAUCAACAACUUGAAGCUCAUCUGCCGUGCACACCAGCUGGUUCACGAAGGCUACAAGUUCAUGUUUGAUGAGAAACUGGUGACCGUGUGGUCAGCGCCCAACUACUGCUACCGCUGUGGGAACAUUGCCUCCAUCAUGGUCUUCAAGGACGUCAACAGACGAGAGCCCAAGCUGUUUCGAGCCGUUCCCGACUCUGAACGUGUGAUACCUCCUCGAACAACCACCCCUUACUUCCUCUAAU